CCCGAGCACGCCAACAAACAGCAUAUCAUUGCCGAAAUACUAGCAUGUCGAGUGAUCAGAUCAUCAGAGAUGCAUCCCACGCCGGAUCCUGGUACUCAGACUCAAAGUCACAGCUAAACUCGCAGCUGGAUGGCUGGCUGGCAGCAGUCGACACUCCCGUCUCAUGCAUCGGGCCUCAGAGCAGCCAAGAGGUGUUUCCGGAUGUGCCUGUCCCAAGUGCUAGGGUUAUAAUUGCGCCACACGCUGGCUACUCCUACUCUGGGCCAGCGGCGGCAUGGGCAUAUAAGUCUUGGGACGUCUCCAAAGCUGAGAGGGUUUUCCUGCUAGGGCCAUCGCAUCAUUACUAUCUAUCCAAAGCAGCACUGUCAAAAUGUACUCAGUACGCGACUCCGAUUGGCAACUUGACUGUCGACCGACAGACGACAGCAAAGCUGUAUACCUCUGCGCAGUUCGAGUGGAUGACGCAGUCUGUGGACGAGCAGGAGCAUAGCCUCGAAAUGCAUCUCCCAUACAUCUACAAGAUGCUUGCCAAGCACUUCGGUGGCAAUCCUGCAGGACUCCCUCCGCUAGUGCCAAUUAUGGUCGGAAAUACGUCUGCGUCUACGGAAAGGGCUCUUGGGCAGAUAUUGGCUCCAUAUCUGGCUGAUCCCGCUAAUGUGUUUGUGGUGUCCUCUGAUUUCGCGCACUGGGGCUUACGGUUCCGCUACACAUACUAUCGUCCAUCGACAGGCUCAGCCCUCCACCUCAGCUCAUCAGCUAAGUCGCCUCAGAGCCCGCCCAUACAUGAAUCCAUCAAAACUGUCGACUUCGAAUGUAUGGGAGCCUGUGAGAGCGGAAGUCAUAGCAAGUGGCUUAGCACGCUCGAGGAGACUGGGAACACGGUCUGUGGUCGGCACCCUAUCGGAGUCAUCAUGGCUGCUAUCGAGCAAGUUCGCAAAGAUAGCGGCGAGCAGCAUGCUGGGCUGUUCAAGUUUGUCAGAUACGAGCGAAGCAGUGAGGUGAAGAGAAUUGGCGACAGCAGUGUGAGUUAUGCCAGCGCGUUCGCUGUCAUUUAAACCUCAGGCUGCACUUCUCUUGAAGAGAUGAAGCAGAUGAACAGCUGUACGAAAUCAUGGAUCUGACCGAUCCGAGGACAAAUUGAAUGUACGUAGGUGCUUUGCUCGCUGGGCAAUGCUCAAGAUACUCAGUAUUGCGCAUGGGUCGAUAGUCGCUCCUUGGCUGUGCAUGUCGUUGCAGCGGCAUCCGACAGUGCGACGAGGCCCAAAUGAGAUAGCUUCCGUC